AAAGGUACGACCUUCGCACUGGCUUACGCGUCCCUCCCCUCUUUAAUCGACAGUCCGACCCCUGUCAACUUGCCCGACAAGGCCAAGUUCAAACCAAGCCACCCAGGGACUCGCAAGGAAGUUACCCCCAGAACUCCCAGAACUGCCAGAACUGCCCACUCUCAGUUGCUUUAAUCAUUUUAGUCCAUUUGGUCCUUUUUUUCUCCUAACCUUGCUAGGUACCCAUAACCCCCAUAACCACCAUAACACCUUUAACAUCCAAAAUUCCCAUCUGAUCCGCGCUUCCUACCAAUCUUGCCAUUUCUCGCCUUUUCUACCUUAACAAACGAAACAACCAUUUUUGUACCAACAAUCAUCAAUCAUCAAUACAUCGAUAGUCGUCGACGAAUCGAAACCAUCGUUUAUAUCGAAUACGAUUUGUCAACUAUCAAUACUUUACAGUCAGAUACAACUACAACCACAACAUCAACAACCUCAACCACACUCGCUCCAGGAGGCGGCCGUUCAUUUACUACCUACCCGGACUGAUCCUAUUCUAGCACCAUCAUGUCGGCUUCAAGCCAGUCUUCGACGAGCCCAGGUGGUGUCGAUCCUUUAGAUCUUCUCGAUUUCUCUGAAUAUGACGCAGCGAUGCAAUAUCGAUCUCCUUCAGCUUCCCCUACCGCCAACAAACAACAAUUCGCGAGGGCGUCAGCGAUGGUAAACACACCAACCACGAUGCCUCAACCGCAGCCUUUAUCUGGCCCUAGUCACCAAUACGACCAGUAUAAACAGCAGACGCCCUUCGUUCCGGGUGCCCUCGCUAGCACGCUUGCCAUUCAGAAUGCUAACCAAGUACCUGGGUAUACUCUGGACUAUAUGUCGUCGGAGAUGAAUGCGAAUGAUGAGAUGUUUGACUUCAACUCGGCACCUUCACAGAACAUGAAUAGCGCGGAGAUGGAUAUGGAUUUUGAGUCUCAGAACGAUGCGUCGUUUUACUUCCCGGAACAGACCGUUAACCCUAACGCUAUUGGAGGAGAGUCUCAAAUGACAUCGCCAACUGUCCCUAGCCAGACGAGCAAUGUUGGAAGGAUGUAUCCUGGUAUGCAUCAACAGGCUGCUCUAGCGAAGGCGCAGGCACAGCAGAGGCAGCAACAACACCUCAUCCAACAACAGCAGCAGCAGAGACAGAACCAGGCUAAGCAACAUAGAGCAAAGGCGCCUAUGCCCUCGGACCCGAUUGUAGAACAGAAGAUCACACAGCUACUUAACUCGAUGAGGUCAAAGGCCGGUGCUUCUCCCAGCGACGGAGAAAACUCACCUCUUAUGCAGCUUCCUCGUACUAAGAAGGAGGAGGAUGAUAUGGAUGAAGACGAAAGACUCCUGGCUAGUGAAGAGGGCAAGAAGCUGAGCAGCAAAGAAAGACGUCAAUUACGCAACAAAGUAUCUGCUCGCGCAUUCCGUUCAAGAAGAAAGGAAUAUAUCACCCAACUUGAGUCCGAGAUCGCAAACAAGGUUACUGAGAACGGUGAUCUGAGGGCUCAGAACCGCGCGUUGAUGGAGGAGAACCGUCGUCUUUCCGAUCUUACUCGCAUGUUACUAUCAUCACCUUCGUUUUCCAAUUUCCUAGAUCAUUUGAGUUCCAACCCCUCCGCUCCUCAACAGCAAGCUCAACCCGAGCAAAGGCAACCCGAGCCUCGUCAAGUACCUAAGGAUGUAAACCCGUACACUGCCGGUCAGCAGACCCACCAGCACCAACAAAUUGGUAUGGUUAUGAUGCCCGAGCAAACGAUGGACUUCUCCAUGUUGAACAUCAAUUCUGAUGCUUUCAACUACCAGCCUCAAGUCUUCGCCGUUCUAGAGACACCCGAGAUGCCAGUCAUCGACACUGAGGCUCUCACGGGCAAGACUUCGAACUUCGUUGGAGAGUGUUUCGCAUCGGAUGCCGAGAAGACGGAUGCCCCUAUUUUCGAGGCUCCCAUUAUGCCAUCAACCAAGGCGCCAGAGCCCUUAGAGGCCGCAGCCGAACCGGAAGUAUCUGAGCGUGCUGUUGCCAACCUUGAUGGAGACAUCUACGAUGAUGACACGACAGUUGCGCCAUCGAAACCUACCGAGCUUGAUACCGACAGUCUUAUUGCAGUCGAUAUCUUCGGUGGUGUCGAAUCUGAGAAGACGCUCGCUCUACUUGAAGUCGUCGGUUCAUCGGAGGAAGAUGUCACAGCCAGCAUUGCCGCGAAACGGGUUGAGCGUCUCGCAGCUAACUUAGAGACUGUCUUUGCAAGAUUAAGUCUUCUCGCCACCGACUUAUAGUGCUAGCAAUAGCAUUCUUUUUGUCUAAAUUAUUUGUGGUAUACUAGUCUCGACUACCCUGGCGUUGGGAAAGGUUGCAUUAGGGGCGAAAAAGGAAUGGCUCAAAUGAAACCUUUAUUCAUUGCAUGCAAACAAUAUUUUUCUUUUAUACAUUUGUGGGAUUCUAGCGUCGCGAGACUUACCAGAAGGAUGUUUAACGAAGCGCUCCGGAAGAGCGCUACUUACGAGAAACAAGGAUUUGGAUAUUAUACGGAUUGGCCAUGUGUCGGUUAUAAUAUAGAUAGGUAGCUGACGUCCUUCGAAUGAAGAACGUUGUCAAAAUCAUCUUGCCUCCAAAC